CCCUCAGCCCCUCCCUUGCCCCUCCUUCUGUCCCCCCCCCCUCCCUUGCCCCUCGCUCACCCGCCCUCCGGCUUGCAACAAUGUCGACCAUCACCUACUAUGUCCAUCAAACUACCUUGGGCGACCCGAAGUACCAGCGAUUCCGCCGUAUCUUGAUGUCCUGGCUGAACCAGCACCUUCGUGAGGACCGGGUCUAUGUUCGUGACAUCGUGGAGGAUUUGCAUGAUGGUCAGCUCCUGGUUCUGUUCCUCGAGAAAACCCUCCAGGUGGCCAUUCACUCGGAUCCGACUGGCCCGGUGUCUGACCGCGGUAAGCGCGGCAACUUGGCCGUUGUGCUGCGUUUCCUGCGCGAGCGCGUCGGUCUGGAGAUGAGCCCGGACAUCAUCGACGGCAUCCUCAACAAGGAUGUUGUCUCCAUCUGCCGGCUGCUGGUGGCCAUGGCGCACGAAUUCCGCUGCCCCUACCAGCUGCCUUCGAACUUGGAAAUCAGUGUCGUUCGCCGGGAGACUCAGCACAGCGGCACCACCCUGCAGAAGACCCAGCGCCAUACGAUCACCGAGGACGAAAGUGCCUGGGGCAGUAACGAGGCCACGACCGCGCUCACCGAUGUGGAGUCCCGGAAGACCUUGGACUCGACUGAGCGUGUUUUCGAGCGCGAUGCCUUCGAUGAGCUGCUCGACCCGGGCGCUGAGGCCAAGCUGGCCAGUGUGCAGCGUCUGCUCUUCCUCUUUGUCAACAAGCACCUGGCCCCCCUUGAUGUUACUGUCACCCCGGGUGUUGGCAUGCACUCCACCGGAGAAACGGGCUCCGACAUCCCCGGCGGUGACAUUGCCGUCCCCUUCCACGACGGCCUGUACCUGCUGCUGCUGAUUGGGUCCCUCGGUGGCUUUUACAUCCCCCCGUCCCAGUACCAUUCGACCCCGACCACCGCCGAUCAGAAGAUUCACAAUGUCCAACUGGCGCUUGACCUCAUGGAGCGUCUGGAGAUCACUCCUGGCGCAUGGCACGCUCAGGCGAUUGUCACUCAGGAUGCCCGUGUGACCAUGCGUGUUCUGUAUGCUCUUCACACGGCCUUCAAGAACACCGUCACCCAGUGAGGCGCGGGCGUGGCUUUUAAUACACAGAUGUAGCCGUGCCCUCCUCGGAGAAGCCCCCGAAAACAGCUGCCUCCUCUCCCGACCGAGAACCAAAAGGCCCAUGGACCACACGGCCCUCGCCGCCACCCCUCUCCCUCCCCCCCCCCCUUGAGAAAAACCGCCCUUAAUAUAAACCAUAAACUCGACUAGAUA